AUGAUACAUGAUGACAAUGGAGAGCCCGUGAGGGUUUACUCCAACGAUGACAUUGAAGAGUAUGCGAGGGCGUGGACUGGGUUCCACGCACAAAAGCUUCGCGGGAACAUCGAACCCCAAACAAACAAUAGAAUUGACCCAAUGAGAAUAAACAAUCUCUUGCGAGACCGAUUGCCGAAAAUGGGAGUAUCAAGAAAAUACAUCGGUGAUGGAUAUCCACUCUGUUCCGACCUUCCGACCAGGCAUUUCCUUGUCAGAGGUGCAACGUAUCGGUUGCUGGGAAGUUCGUCCAAGGCAGAACUUCACAACGACCCACCAAUGUUGCAUCCCAGUGCUGUUCAGUUCAUCUUGGAACCUGAAAGCCAUCUCUAUGAAAAACUUUGCAAUGCAGGCGCUGGUAGCAUGUGCAACUAUCUGUCUGUGGUUGUUUUAAACGAGACCGUGGCAUGCUUGGGCAGAGAAUGCUCUGUUGAUGCGAUUCGCUCUGUGUCGUUCAAUGCAGAACGGACCCGAUUCUCGACAGCGCAAACGAGGUGUCAACUUGGGCUAUGCCGGAGAGGCGAACAGGCACCUCGCCAACCGUGUGACCACACCGAUAAGACCAAAUGCUGGGAUAGAAGCCACUUUUGGACUGACCAGCCAUGCUCUUUACAAGCGAAGAUCAUUCGCGAUAGUGGCAAGGUCGGGAUAGUCCACGUGCCCCCAGCUGAAGUUGGAUCCAACAAUACAGCAUUUAUCGUCCGCGAAGAUACCAAGACCUUCUUCCGAGUGGAUUGGGAAGGUGACAUUCAAGCCAUCCUGUCAAACUGCACCAACAUCCCUUCUUGUCGUGAAGCAGAGGACAAUUCAUGUUUGUGCGAUGUCUCUGUGGUCCAAGGGAAUGUGUUUAGCGGUGCUUCUAUUCCAAACCACCAAGAAAUACUUGCGAAUCUGGAUGUAGGUAGUUUCAUACCAGAUGACUGGUCGGGUACAAGUCACGAUGAUGUUACUGCAUACAACCUGGGAUCUGAUGGAUCUCUGAUGGCCGACUCGGCGUUUGAGGUCGUGGACGACUCUGGAAGAAAGCAUGUGCGGAAAAACAUGAAAUCAUCUGUUGUGAUUGUUGGAACGGAUGUUUCCUUCAGGAACCCCGUCCAUUUCUCGAGCCUUGCUGACCCGGAUCCAAGGGAUGCCCAUUACGAAACAGAUGCAACACUUGACCACUACUUCUAUCAUCCAAACACAGCGCCGUUCCUGUCGACUAGGUUUGCACAACGGUUUUCCAUUUCCAAUCCAUCGCCUCGCUACGUCGAGAAGAUUGCGACGGCAUUUCGCAGCGGGCACUUCAACUUCACCGAGGGAGGCCGGACGACAACUUUCGGUUCUGGUGGCUACGGGGACCUACGUGCAACUUUCGCCGCCAUUCUCCUUGACCGAGAGGCUCGCAAUGUGUUACUGGACAAUGAUCCAACCCAUGGCGCUCUUAAGGAACCACUUAUCAAGCUGAUAGGUUUGAUGAGGUCCUUGGAAUUCCAGUUGAACGACCCCUACACAUGGGUACAAUUCGACCGACGCCUCAGAAAGAAAAUCGGUCAAAUGGCACAUGACAUAACAAGCGUCUUCUCGUUUUUCCUGCCUGACUAUCAGCCACCAGGCCCUGUCGCGCUGGGCUCGCUUCGGUCUCCAGAGGCACGAGUGCUCACUGGCCCAAGCGUGAUCUCGGCUCUCAAUGGUUUGUUUUCUUUGAUCAAGUAUGGCCUCAGUGAUUGUGUUGGUGGUCAUGGGCUAGAGGGCGUGAUCGACUGCGACAAAGUUGCAAUAGGAAUGACAAACAUCAGCACCGGGGGGCUCAACUAUCUCCCCGAAUCUCAAUCGGAAAGCUCCGAUUCUUCGGAGGAGGUUAUCGAUGAGUUGGCUAUGCUGAUGACAUCUGGCAGACUAUCACAUGAAACCAGGGAGCUUAUCCGUCGUGCAUACGAUGAAAACCAGGAAGACAAUGCUCUCCUCAAAGCGCAGCUACUCACCGUUGCUGCGCCUGAAUUUCAUGUUACCAACACAAUCAAACGGAAGGACACGACGAGGGAAAGACCUUCCACCGGCACAGCCCAACCAAAACCUUACAAGGCACUUGUCAACAAUGAUGGUGCACAACCACAAGAUUGGCCCGAUGGAAGCUACAGAAUAUGCUCCAUUCAGUACAAUGGCAAACGCGUGGGUAUGACAGUAGAGCAUCCUACCGAAGGUUGCAUUGCCAUGGUCUUUGGAGAUCCGCAAUCCUCCCUACAGAAAUGGACCAAUCCACCAGUCUAUGGAGUCAACAACAUCACCAACACCAGUCUGAUGGUUCCACUGACCGUUCUGGAAAUACCCCUCGAGAGUGCCUCUGUGAUUGACGAACGUUUGCGAGAAUCGCGAAACGGAGAACGAGAAGAAGCUGUAUUUGCACUCUGGAAUGGUUCCUAUUACAUUCACGAUCCACGCUUCCAAUUGCUGAGCAAUACCCUCGACAAUCCACUGCCCGAUGGAGGUGUCACGCCAAGGGCGCUCCGGGCAAUCUACCAAGUCACUCGUGACGAUCCAAGAGCAGAGACAGCGUUCUUGUACGCCAUGGAAGGGUUGGAUAUUCAACGUGAUCCCCAAGUGACCGCUCCCUGCGUUCCCGGAUCUCGGUCGCGGUGGUUGUCGGUGCCAUGUUCCAACAAUGCUCGGUUCACCGAUGUCAAUGAAACUACAGCAACCGUGUUGGCCCGACAAUUGUCACAGGCUGUUUGGCGUGAAAUGUCGGACCGUCAAGCCGCUGGGCGCCCAGACAUGGGGCCACCGAUUUUACUCGACGUUUGGCGCGCCAGAACCAAUCUCCAGAUGAAACGUGUCAUGCCGCCGAUCUGGACACGAAAGGCUUUGAAGUUCCAGACAUUCGGCGACCUCGUCGCUGUUGGAAGAAUGUUCAUCCAGAUCAUUGGAACGUGUCCUGCGCGGUUGGGAAGUUUCUUUGACUUUUUUGAGCUACCCCUGGAACUUCGCACCCAGCAAAUAGCUCAAGCAUUGGGAAUCGAUCUCGCUUCGAUUGCCACGGAGGAGGAAUCGCGGGGGCCUUCAGGCAGCAGGACUCUGGUGUGUGGCAGUCCCUUCGAGGUUGCAAACGAACCAUCUCUAGGUGGCAGUGCCAUCAACAAAGGUGCAUUCGAUGCCUCCACGGUUUACUUGCGAUCGACAACAUCGGCUGACCUGGAGCUACAACGACGCGCCGUCUGGAUCAAGGCUGUGCUUGAAGACCCCGGACAGUUACGGCAACGCGUCGCUUGGGCUUUGUCACAGCUGCUAGUCAUUUCUCCCGCGACCCCGCGCUCGACAGAAUCCUAUUUGGCGUUCUAUGACAUCAUGGUACGACAAGAGUCCUGCAUGGUGGUGGUGUCCUUGGUGUUUUCGUCUCCUUCCAUCUGA